ACACACACACACACACACACACACAGUUCUGCUUUUUAAUCUCCAGUAAAGAUGCUGCAGAAAGUCCGAGAUCAGGUCAGGAAACAUCCAGGACUUAUCCCACAGUUUUUCUUCAUCUGUCUGGGCAUGGGUGGAGCGUUCCUUUAUUUGUUUCGUCUUGCCAGAGGACCUCAUGUCACCUGGAACAAGAGCAGCAACCCUGAACCCUGGAAUAAACUCAGUCCAAGCUACCAGUAUAAGUUUGUGGCGAUUAACACAGACUACAAAAACCUGAAGAAGGAAGGACCAGACUUCUGAACAUGUCACGGUUGUUGCCUCAGCUUUAAUCAUGAAGAUGCUGAGAUGCCCUUACACCUCACUACUCUGAAUACAUACUAAUAAUAAUAAUAACUUUUAAAUGUG